AUCUCAAAAAAAUAGUUUUUAAAAAAAAAAAGGCAAAAAAAUUUUUAGAAAGGAGAGGGGAAAGAAAACUCUCCAGCCCACACAACUUAUUCCAUCUAAUUCUUUUUGCACUAAGGUUAGUAUAACACAAAUGUGCAUUUUGUGUUCUGUGAUUGUUUUAUGUCUGUAUACCUUGUACCCCAUCUUCCCUGUUGCCAAAGACAGAUUUUCUUCUGUGUACACAAUCCUCAGGACAGAGCAAAGCACCAACAGUAAUUCCCAAAGUAAUUUUUUGGAUUCAUACUGUCAUCGGCCAGAAAAAAACAAAAAAAACCCCAAAAAACAAAAAAACAUGCGUGAGGAGAAUGAAGGGUGUUAAGAGGGCUCAAGUUUAUGUCCUAAAAGGACUACUUUCUCUACAACCUUCCUGAACACUAGACUUUUCCUGUUCAGUUCGCAUGGAAAGUUUUCCCACUUAAGGUGGGGCAGCAAGGUUGGGGACUAGCAGAAGUAGCGUAACUUCUCGGACUCUCCCACUGAAAAGCAUCUUUUUCUUAAAGGCAAGGAGCACUUUACAGACAGUUACUAAGGUAACCGGAAACAGCAAAACUCUGAGGUGGUUCUAUCUACGGAAGAAAUUCUAAGCUCCAAAGUUAAAGUGCGGAGCAGUGGCGCAUAUCAGCAGACAGCUGCCACUACUGUGGCUCAUUUAAAUCUCUGUCAAGCUCCGGGUCCCUUUUUUCAGGAAUUCUUGUUUCGGGACACAGGCAAACGGCCGGAAAGCCGCGCAGUCGCAGCCCGUGCGCUUCACUCCGCCCAAAUAAGCCACUACCGUCCCCAACCCCUUCUUGUUCGCCCGAGCCGCGGACCUGAGGGAGCGUUGUUCGCUCCCCUCAAGAUGCUUAAGCGAAAAAUGCAGUCUUCAGUGUCUGAGGCCACGCCGCGGCUUUCGGCCUUGGUGAGGGGUGAACGAAACCCGGGAAACCGCUGAAAGACCCCAGCUUCGACUAGGCCUAGUCGUAGCGGCGGCCAGCGGGAGGACGUAGCCGUAGUUUUGGCCCACGUCAUUCUGUGCCCCGGGUCAGGUCACCGCCCCAAGAGUAUGGGAAGAGAAAUGAAAAAGAUUGGUACUCCCAGACCCUUCCGUAUCGAGGACCCCAAUCAACAACCCACCUGGCAUGAUCAACCAGAGAUGGAGUCCCACUAUUUUGCCCAGGCUGGUCUUGAACUCCUGGGCUCAAGCAAUCCUCCUGCCUCCGCCUCCCAAAGUGCUGGGAUUACAGAUGUGAGCCACUGUGCCCAGCCCAGAGAACAUGAUCUUAACCAUACUGUCUCCCAAGUGAAAGAUUCUACCUUUCUAAGAAAUCUGGAGUCAGACAGACCUGAGUUCAAGUCGUGCCUUCCUCCCCACUUUACUGAACCUUCAGUAAGUCUUUCUACCUCAGAAGGCUAUGAGGAUGCCAUGGGGGUAAUGAAUGUAAAGUGUUUAAGUGCUUGGCUGACAGUGAGUACUAAAUAAAUAUCAAUUUAUUCUUC